AUGAAGAGGUUUUUGCAAAACAAAAAAGGCAGACAUUCAUUGCGUCAAAACAAAAGGACUUCUCGUUGCCAAUCCAAAGAUUUCUUCCUCAACAUGCCGACAUCCAACCAGGGCUGGCCCGAGGAGUUUGGAUUCCAGCUAGGCGGGAAUGGACCUAGCUAUAUUUUGUCUGUGGAAGAAGGAAGCAGUGCCCAACUGGCCGGUCUGCAGGCUGGAGAUCAAGUUUUGGAAAUUGAAGGCCACAAUGUAUCAAUGCUGGGACCGCAAGCUGUUAUUGCCAUCGCCCAGACCCAGAAGAACAUCCCCCCCAGCAUUGGAGUUGUGUCUCGCAUACAGCAGAUGGAUAUCAUACCAGGUCCUGAUGGACGGUUUGGUUUCACCAUUGUAGGCGACAGUCCCUUGUUGGUGGAGGACUGCUCCCCCUUCUCCCCAGCAGGCCGUGCAGGUUUGAGGGCAGGGGACUGCGUCAUGGAGGUCAGCGGCAUCCCCGUUAGGCAGCAUGAGACGGCUGCGGCGCUAAUAAAGUCCUCCCAGGGCAGGACGCUGCGCCUAGGUGUAUUGCACUUGGGCGCGAGGCAGAAAGACAGCAUCAACAUGGAGGAAAGUCAGAUAGUAGGGGAGGGCGCAAGGGUAAACCGGAAAUAUAAGGCUCUGGAGUUCAACAGGAAGGUUGAGCAGAUUUUGAGUGAUGAGCCCAACGUGAAGGAGAAACUGUUCAGCGUGUUAAAGCAAUAUGCGGCUGAGAAGAAUGUCGACUGGUUGGCCUCCAUUUUGCCUGAAAUCCUUAUCACCGAUGAUCACAGACAGCUCAUCUCAAGUAUCCGAAUCUUCAUUCCCAAGAAGCACCGGCAACGCUUUGAUGAGUCCGUCUCCCAAAACGUGAUCAACAGGCUGUGCCGCAGCAAGAGCAUAAGCGAGCCACAGGGCAGAAUCCGUCGCAGCCGGAGCGAAGACCACUCGGACCGUCACCAUGGGAGCAAACGGGCCAGUUCGGUACCCCGAGAUGGUGGGGAACCAGGAGGAAGGGGCGAUAUGGAAAGAGACAGAGGUCACAGGAAGUCAGUCUCUGGAGUACCAACACAUCCCCCCAUUGGACCUAAUCAGAGGCUCAUCCGUGUCUACAGAGGCAAGAAAACCUUUGGCUUCACACUGCGAGGUCACGCGCCAGUCUGCAUCGAUUCAGUCAUUGCAGACAGUCCUGCUGAAGAAUGUGGACUUAAACCAGGCGACCGCAUCCUCUUUCUCAAUGGACUAGACAUGAGGAACUGUUCCCAUGAAAAGGUGGUAUCCAUGCUGCAGGGCAGCGGUGCCAUGCCCACCCUGGUUAUAGAAGACGGUCCGUCCGAUUACUCCUCAGACCCGACAGAACAAGAAGAAACUCCGAGUCUGUCCUCCAACACAAUGCCGCGCUCUCGAUCUCCUGUUCUCAGCUCCCUUCAGUGGGUGGCUGAGAUUCUGCCACCAAGCAUCAAAGUCCACGGGAGGACAUUCAGCCAGCAGUUGGAGCACUUACUGACUAUCCAGGAAAGGUACACGGUCUGCAAGGCCCUGGAGACCUUCUUCCAGCACAGGAAUGUGGAUACUCUCAUAGUUGAUGUGUUUCCAGUGUUGGACACACCAGCUAAGCAGCUCAUCUGGCAAUUUAUUUACCAGUUACUGACUUACGAUGAGCAGGAACGCUGCCAGAGCAAGUUGUCACGUUUCCUGGGCUUCAAAAGCAGUGAGCCUGACGCAGGUUCGGACCACCAUCGAAGGAGCAGCUCCGUUCGAAUAUCUGGCACGCCGUAUCGCAGCUGCGUGCGAGAGAGGAGUUCUGAUGACUGCAUCAUCGGAACUCACCUAGGAAUGGGAAUUCAUGUGGAUGAAUGUGGCAGCCAGGAAGAGAGGCAAUCCGGAGAUGGAACCUCCUUCCCUGAGUCUCCUGACCUCAGUCAUAUGUCAGGUGUAUACACGGAGCUGGAGAAUGUGUACGCAGGGAAGAGUGUGUCCCCGCUGCAGGGGGGAACCCCAGCAGAGUCCGAGGGGCCGGGACAGACUGAGCAAAAUGAUCUACUAUAUUCGUCAAUCUCCCACCUUCCAGGUAACCGUAAAUCAGGCCUGUCCCUGACCUGGAAGGAGCCCCUCCCAACACCUGUCUAUGGGAUCCAUCAUCAAAGCAGCGUGGACUCCAACCCUUAUGUCAGCCUGGAGAGCCCCCCAGGUUCACCCCAACACAGCCCCAGCACGAUGGGCCGCCGCAAGAAGCUGUUCACUUUCUCCCGUCCGCCUCGUAGCAGGGAUACAGACAAGUUCCUGGAUGCUCUCAGUGAGCAACUGGGCCAGCGCGUCACCCUGGAUGACUACGUGCCGGGCGAGAACGACUACGAGGAGAUGAGCUUCCCAGAGGAUCAAGACACUGGCUUCAUACGUCGGCAGCUCAGUAGCGGCAGCAGUGAGGACCACAGUAGCAGUGACGAAGUUUCCUCUCCCUGCUACUCUUCUGGUUCCGAGCAGAUCCCCCCUCCUCCUAAACAGAGCCCCCCACCUCCUCCACCAUUCCAGGUCUUGUUACCUCCUCCAGUCCAGUUCACGGACCCCGUCCCACCUGUUCGCUUCUCCCCGGAACACGUCCCCCGCAGUCGGAUGCCCUUCCAGCCUCACCACCCCAUCAUCCCCCCUCCUCCGCCCCCUUUGAGGACCAUCCUGUCCAACCGAUCGCCUCUCCACAAUGUCCUGCCCACGAGGGAGGGCACGGACGACCAGCGAUUCCAAACGCUGUCGCGUGGCCGCACCACCUUUACCACCACCACUACCAUUCUGCGAUCGUCUCGCCCCAGCUACCUCCCCCGCCAGCUUAGCCAACCACAGCCCAUUUGUCAGCCCUCUCCCCAGCUGUCCCCUCAAACGCUGCGGCCGAGCCAGCUUGUCCUGCACAGGCACCACCAACUCCACCACCAGCACAGCUAUCAGGGUCCUCUACCCCCGUCCCUCGAAGAUCACAGUCCACCUAGGGGUCACAAGCAAGACCCCUCUGUGUCAUUUCGCAAGCCUCCAAACUCUACCCUCACCAGCCACACUAAAGAGCAAGAGUCACAGCAGGCACCCCCACCUCCUCCUCCCCCUUUGCCCCCGCCCUGUGACCCACCCCCCCUGCCGAAGCCGGGACAAGCCUCAGACACCAACCACAUGAGCGUGAAAAGACUGCGCUGGGAGCAGGUGGAAAACUCCGAGGGUACCAUCUGGGGUCAGCUCGGAGAGGAUUCUGACUACGACAAGCUCACCGACAUGGUGAAGUAUUUGGACCUUGAUCUGCACUUUGGCACUCAACGCAGACCCAUGUCUCCACCAGAGCCGACCUUCCUGCCCGAGAACUUAAAAAAGAAAGAUGUCGUGGAGAUUUUGUCUCACAAGAAAGCCUACAAUGCAUCCAUCCUCAUCGCCCACCUGAAGCUCUCACCCGACGAGCUUCGCCAGGUCCUGAUGGACAUGAUCACGGACAGACUGGAGCCUGCCCACAUUAAGCAGCUGUUGCUCUACGCCCCUGACGAGGACGAGGUGAAAAAGUACGAGCAGUUCGACCAGGACCCGGCCAAGCUAAGCGAACCUGACCAGUUUAUUUUCCAGAUGUUGAUGGUGCCCGAAUAUAAGACCCGCCUGAAGAGCCUCCACUUCAAGACCACCUUGCAGGAAAGGACAGAGGAGAUGAAAGUGGCCUUUGAUUACAUCUACAAGGCUUCUUUGGAGCUGAAGACUAGCAAGAAACUGGCCAAAAUCCUUGAAUUUGUGCUCGCAAUGGGGAAUUACCUUAACAACGGGCAACCCAAAAGCAACAGGACUACCAGUUUUAAGAUCAACUUCCUUACAGAGCUCAGCACAACCAAAACGGUGGAUGGGAAAUCCACUUUCCUCCACAUUUUGGCUAAGUCUCUGUGCCAACAUUUCCCAGAGCUGCUCAACUUUUCCAGAGACCUCACCACGGUGCCUUUGGCAGCCAAGGUGAACCAGAGGGCGAUGACCACAGAGCUCAGCGACCUUCAUGCCACCAUCCAGGACAUCAGAGCGGCGUGCCUGAAGAUCCCCCUAACUUCUGAGGACCACUUUGCUUCUGUCAUGAGUAGUUUUCUGGAGAACAGCCACCCUUCGAUUCAGUCUCUGGAGUCUCUGCAGAACAGAGCAAUGGAAGAGUUCUCCAAAGUGGCCUCUUUCUUUGGAGAAGACGGCAAGUCCACCAGCACGGAGUCCUUCUUUGCUAUUUUUGCAGAUUUCAUAUCCAAAUUUGAGCGGGCCCUCAAUGAGACCCAGACACCUGAAAAUCCCAGAAGUCCAAGACUGUCCUCCCCUCUGGCCUGGUAG